AUGGCGUCUAUUCAAAAUGCUGGCGAAGCCGUGGCGAGAAUCGCCUACCUGGCUAGUGACGUUGUUCUCUCUGUGCAGCCUUCCCUGCAGACGGACUCGUUGUUCUCCAAGUCCCUCAAGACCUUGAAAUCCCAGAAGACUGCUAGCUUGCUGUCAAGGGGUACCCCUGAGGUGCAAGCUGUGCGUUUCAAUGAAGACCCUCUUCUUUCCGCUUUCUACCCUCUGCAGAAAGGCGAGACGGUCUCAGUUGUGACUGGUUCCUCCAUUCUGAUCACCUCCGUUCCUCACCUGUACCGCCUUGCCAGCUACCCAGUCGUCAUCCAUGUCGCUCUCGAAUCCUCCCCAUCUCCAGAUUACUCCGUCAUUAGCUCUAUUCGGCAAUGCGGGUUCACAUUCCUCCACUCCGAGACUGUGCAGGAGGCUCAGGAUAUUGCUCUUACAGCACAUGCAUUGGCUCAGAAGUCCGGAAAGGGUGUGAUCCACUUCUUCGACCCGGCCAACUCCGCCAAGGACACCGCUAUUGCUGUUGAGGAUAACGAGGUCGUUAAGAAGAUUCUUAACCUUGGUGGAAAUUUUGCUUCCCACAGCACCUCGGGAGCCGAGACCCUUUAUGCCGACUCCGGUCGUGUGGCUACUGUUUCCGCCGAGACAGUGGAAAUUGCUCCCGCCCAGGGGGAUGCUUCGGCCAGUUUGCCUGCCGUGUCCCAGACCCAGACUCCUUUGAAUGCGAGCGUUGCAACCUCCUCCGUUGGCUCAUCACGACGUGAAAGUAGCGCAGGAAGCGAAGCACCCAGCUCAACCGCUACUACUGUGGAGACCGCUAGCGUUCGCCCGGUCAACGCUGCGGAUAUCUUUGAGUGGACUGCUCAGAUUUGGAAUGCCCUCUCCAAGGAAGUGGGUCGCACUUACCACGCCAUUGAAUACACUGGAUCUUUGGAGGCAAAGUCCGCCAUUUUUGCCUUUGGCUCCACCGGUGUCUUCGCGGAUGCUCUCGCCAAUGCUGGUGGUAACAGCGAUCUUGAGAACAUUGGUCUCAUCACUGCUCGCGUCUACCGCCCAUGGGUUGGUGCCCAGAUAGUGAACUCGAUUCCCACCUCCGUCGAAAAGAUUGCUGUUCUGGAGCAGGUUCGCAAGACUACUAAGUGGGGACCAUCAUUCAUGGAUCUUCUUUCCAGCCUGACUCCCUCUACUUUGAAGAUCGUUGGAUACCGUCUUGGAUUUGUGGAACCUUCCACCGCCGUACAGGCCCUGCGUGGAAUUGUUCAGAACCUCAACGCUCCCUCUCCCAUCCAGAACUUGGAUAUUGGAAGCACCAAGGCCCCCGCGCCCGAGCCUGCUCUUGAGCAGCCUCGCAUUGAAAAUGCCUACCUCAAGAUUCUCAACCAACUCUUCGGAGAGCGUCUCUACAUUGCGAACCAGAUUGAUUCUAAGAAUGCCGGUAUCUCAUCUACCAUUGCAGCCAGCCCCGAAUACGGAUUUGGAUCCCUGAUCGCGCGCAAGGAGCACCGCACUCGAUUCAUCAAGGAGGUUGAGGAAGCAUCCAAGUCUACCACCUUCGCCACUGAGACCCCUAAGACCUGGCUGUCUCGCUGGGCUCUGAGCGCCAGCGAUAGUGCCAAGGCCAACAAGAUCGCCCCGGACGUUAUUUCCCGCCUUUCUAACGAUGGCUCUCAGCUGUCUCGCCAGCUUCUGCAGUCUAAGAAGCUCUUCUACGAUGAGUCUCAAUGGCUCAUUGGUUCCGAUGCCUGGGCCUACGAUCUUGGAAACUCUGGUGUCCACCACGUUCUCGCCUCUGGUGCCAAUGUCAACAUGCUGAUCAUCGACUCGCAACCCUAUACCGAGCGUUCUGCUGCUGACCCCACCCGCCGCAAGAAGGAUAUCGGUCUCUACGCCAUGAACUUUGGCAAUGCCUACGUCGCUUCCACUGCCGUGUACAGCUCGUACACACAGGUUCUCCAGGCCAUGGCCGAGGCUGAGCAGUUCAAGGGUCCUUCGGUCGUCGUUGCCUACCUUCCCUACAACCAGGAGAAUGACUCUGCCCUCACUGUUCUUCAAGAGACUAAGAAGGCCGUUGAGCUUGGAUACUGGCCUCUUUACCGCUGGAACCCCGACAAUGAGGAGAACAGAUUCUCCCUGGACUCGGAGCGCAUCAAGCGUGAGCUGGAGGAGUUCCUUCGCCGGGACAACCAGCUCACUCAGCUCAUGAACAGCAAGCCUAAGUACUCGUCUGUCCUUUCUGAGUCUUACGGUGCCGAGGUCCGGGCUCUGCAGAAGCGCAAGGCCAAGGACUCCUACGAGAAGCUACUGGAUGGCCUCUUUGGUGCUCCUCUGACCAUCCUUUUUGCUUCUGAUGGUGGUAACGCCCAGAACAUUGCCAAGCGUCUUGGUAACCGUGGUCGUGCUCGUGGUCUGAAGACUAUGGUCAUGGCUAUGGAUGAGUACCCCAUUGAGGAUCUCGCCACAGAGGAGAACGUUGUGUUCAUUUCUAGCACUGCUGGUCAGGGUGAAUUCCCCGUCAAUGGUCGCAGUCUGUGGGAGCACGUCAAGAACUCAGGUGAUCUUGAUUUGUCUUCCAUCAACUACUCCAUUUUCGGUCUUGGUGACAGCCACUACUGGCCGCGCAAGGAGGACCGCAUUUACUACAACAAGCCUGCCAAGGACCUUGAUGCCCGUGUUGCUUUCCUGGGUGGUCGCAAGCUCACUGACAUUGGUCUUGGUGAUGACCAAGAUCCGGAUGCUUACCAGACUGGCUACUCCGAGUGGGAGCCUCGCCUGUGGCAAGCCCUGGGUGUUGACAAGGUUGAGGGUCUGCCCGAGGAACCCGCUCCUUUGACCAACGAGGACAUGAAGAUCCAGUCGAACUACCUGCGUGGUACUAUCGCUGAGGGUCUCCUGGAUCAGACCACCGGUGCUAUCUCUGCCAGUGAUCAGCAGCUCACCAAGUUCCACGGUACCUAUAUGCAGGAUGACCGUGAUGUUCGUGAGGAGCGCAAGGCCCAGGGUCUUGAGCCCGCUUACAGCUUCAUGAUUCGUUGCCGUCUCCCUGGUGGUGUUGCCACUCCCAAGCAGUGGCUGCAGAUGGAUGCCAUCAGUAGUUCGCAUGGUAACGAGACCAUGAAGCUCACCACCAGACAGACCUUCCAGUUCCACGGAGUCAUCAAGAGCAAGCUUCGCGGUGCUAUGCGGGCCAUUAACCAGUCCCUGAUGGAUACCAUUGCUGCUUGCGGUGAUGUGAACCGAAACGUCAUGUGCAGUUCUCUUCCUGAGCUCUCUGAGUUCCACCGUGAGACCUGGGUCUGGUCCAAGAAGAUCAGUGAACACCUUCUCCCCUCCACCACUGCUUACCACGAGAUUUGGCUCAAGGAUGAGGCCGACAACAAGAUCCAGGUUGCUGGAGAUGCUGUCGUUGACCACGAGCCCCUCUACGGUCCCACUUACUUGCCCCGCAAGUUCAAGAUCACUAUUGCCAUUCCUCCCCACAAUGACACUGAUGUGUAUGCUCACGAUAUUGGUUUGAUUGCCAUCAAGGGUGCUGACGGACACCUCGAGGGUUUCAACGUCUUGGCUGGUGGUGGUAUGGGUUCCACCCACAACAACACCAAGACUUACCCCCAGAUCGGUCGUAUGUUCGGUUACAUCCCCAAGGACCAGAUCCACAUUGCCUGUGAGAAGAUCAUGCUCGUGCAGCGUGACAAUGGUGACCGCAAGAACCGCAAGCACGCCCGUAUGAAGUACACCAUUGACGACUUGGGUGUCGAGGUCUUCAAGGGUAUGGUUGAGGACCUGAUGCCUGAGGGCCUGCGCUUCGGCGAGCCCCGUGAAUUCAAGUUCGCCUCGAACGUCGAUACCUUCGGCUGGUUGAAAGACGAGAAGGGCUUGAACCACUUCACCUUCUUCAUCGAGAACGGUCGUAUUGAGGACACUGCUGACUUCAAGAUGCGCACUGGUCUUCAUGCCAUCGCUUCUCUCGGCAAGGGCGAAUUCCGCCUCACUGGUAACCAGCACUUGAUCAUGUCUAACAUCACUGAUGAGGAUCUGCCCCUCAUCAAGGAGACCAUGGCCAAGUACAAGCUCGACAACACCGCUUUCUCUGGAUUGCGUCUGUCUUCCUCGGCCUGUGUCGCCUUCCCCACUUGCGGUCUGGCUAUGGCUGAGUCCGAGCGUUAUCUGCCCGUCCUCAUCUCCAAGCUUGAGGAUACUCUUGAGAAGAACGGCCUGGCACGGGAUAGCAUUGUCAUGCGUAUGACUGGUUGCCCCAACGGUUGUGCUCGCCCAUGGCUUGCUGAGGUCGCCUUCGUUGGUAAGGCCUAUGGCGCCUACAACAUGUACCUGGGUGGUGGCUACCACGGCCAGCGUCUGAACAAGCGCUACCGCUCCUCCAUUAAGGAGGACGAGAUCCUCGAGAUCAUGAAGGAUCUCCUCUCUCGCUACUCUAAGGAGCGCAACACCGACGGCGAGAUCCCAGAGCGUUUCGGUGACUGGUGUAUCCGCGCCGGUGUCAUCAAGGCGACCACCGAUGGACAAAACUUCCACGAGGGCGUCGCCGAAGAUGAGGAAGAGGAGUAA